AUGGUGGUCUUUUCCAAGUCUGCGGCUCUUGCUGCGCUCGCCUUCUUGGCUGCAGCAGUGGAUGCCCACAUGAUCAUGAAGACUCCUGUGCCAUACGGCAAAUCAUCUCUCAACAACUCACCCCUUCUCGCGGACGGUUCUGAUUUCCCCUGCAAGCAGCGAUCCGGUGUCUACGACGCUGAGGGUGCUAGCAACGUCGCCGCCAUCGGGGAGCCUCAGACUCUGAGCUUCCUCGGCAGUGCCGUUCAUGGCGGUGGAUCCUGUCAAGUCAGCCUCACUACCGAUCUCCAACCUACCAAGAACUCCAAGUGGAUGGUGAUCAAAUCCAUCGAGGGCGGCUGCCCUGCGUCUGUCCCCGGCAAUCUCCCCGCUGACCCCAGCGGCACUGGCGCCUCGACUUUCCAGUUCAGCGUACCUGAUGGCAUCUCCCCGGGCGACUACACCCUCUCGUGGACUUGGUACAAUAAAGUAGGGAAUCGUGAGAUUUACCAAAAUUGCGCACCAUUUACUGUCACCGCGGCCAAGAAGAAGCGUUAUGCGCCAGCUCCGAAAACUUCAAAGCGAGCGACCAGCUUUCCCGACCUGUUUGUGUGCAAUCUCCCUUCGAUCAACGACUGCAGCACAGUGGAGGGUUUUGAUUAUCACUUCCCAGAUCCUGGUGCGGACGUUCAACAAGCGGGAACGGGACCAUACACGAUGCUCGCAGGCGCUUCAGGCAACGCAGGCCCUCCUUCGCAGCCAACCAACUCCGUUCCAGCUGCUCAAUCUCCCUCUGCGCCGGCAACUUCUGGUCCUGCACCCACUGGACCGCCAUCCUCAGGACCACCUGCUGGACCGCCACCAGCGUUUGCGAGCGGCAACGGUGGACAAUACUCAGAAUCCGGCCAACCAACGCCCACCGCGGCACCCGGAAACUUUGCAAGCGGUGCAUCUUCGGUACCUGCUUCCGCUCCCACCUCGUCAACCAGUGCUAACCCACCACAGGUAAUUCCCGUCACGACUCAAGCCACCGCUGUGUCAACCGCUGCCGUAGCGGCUCCCACUGGCACGUCUUCUGGGUCAUCGAGUGGCUCCGCCGCCGGUGCUCUGACAGGACCUUGCUCCAACGAAGGAUACUGGAACUGCAUUGACGGAAGCAGCUUCCAGCGUUGCGCCUCGGGCAGCUGGAGUGCCGUCAUUCCUUUGAGCGGCAUGAAAUGCUCUCCCGGAGUCGCGGCCAAUUUCGCCAUGACUGCGGCCAACGCGAGACGCUGGGCAGCCUAG